AUGCUGGGCAUGUACGUGCCGGAUAGGUUCGCCCUGAAGUCGUCCCGGGUGCAGGACGGGAUGGGGCUCUACACGGCCCGCAGAGUGAAGAAGGGUGAAAAGUUUGGCCCCUUUGCAGGGGAGAAGCGAAUGCCGCAGGAGCUGGAUGAGAACACAGACUGCAGGCUCAUGUGGGAAGUUCGUGGGAGCAAAGGCGAGGUGCUUUAUAUCCUGGAUGCCAGCAACCCUCGCCAUUCAAACUGGCUGCGCUUUGUCCACGAGGCCCCAUCCCAGGAACAGAAGAACCUGGCAGCCAUCCAGGAGGGGGAAAAUAUUUUCUAUCUGGCUGUGGAAGAUAUUGAAACAGACACAGAACUUCUGAUUGGGUACUUGGACAGUGACAUGGAAGAAGAGGAGGAGGAGGAGGAAGAAGUAACUGUUAUCCAGGAAGAUGAAGACAGUGGCAGCAAUAAAGAAGUUCAGCCAGCGGGUGAAAAAAUUGCAGCUCCCCUCGCCUGUAAACAGGACCAUGCGUGCCCAAACUGUGAGUCCAGCUUUGCCAGCCAGGAGAUCCUAGCGGAGCAUCUGCAGACUUUGCACCAAAAACCCAGUGAGGAAAAGGAAUUUAAGUGCCGAAAUUGUGGAAAGAAAUUCCCUGUUAAGCAAGCUCUGCAAAGACAUGUCCUUCAGUGCACAGAGAAUAUCAGCCCAGGAGACUCCUCAAGAAGUUUCCAGUGCUCUGUUUGCAAUACUGCCUUCAGCUUGGAAUCGAGUUAUGAGCAGCACAAGGAGGCGUGCAGAGGGGAUGCCAGGUUCAUAUGCAAGGCAGAUAGCUGUGGGAAGAGGUUCAAGAGCAAGGAUGCCCUGAAAAAACACAAAGAAAAUGUUCACAGUGGAAAUUCUAGGAAGAAGCUGAUGUGUUCAGUGUGCAAUAAGAAAUGUUCCUCAGCAGCAAAUCUGCAGGAGCAUCGAAAGGUCCAUGAGAUCUUUGAGUGUCAAGAAUGUGACAAGAAAUUCAUUUCGGCAAACCAGCUGAAGCGCCACAUGAUAACUCAUUCAGAAAAACGCCCCUACACCUGCGAGGUUUGCAGUAAGUCCUUCAAACGACUUGAUCAAGUGACUGCACACAAAAUAAUACACAGUGAAGAUAAACCUUAUAAAUGCAAGCUUUGUGGAAAGGGAUUUGCCCACAGAAAUGUUUACAAGAAUCACAAGAAGACCCAUUCUGAGGAGAGACCGUUCCAGUGUGAGGAAUGCAAAGCCUUGUUCCGAACCCCCUUCUCUCUACAAAGACAUCUGUUAAUCCAUAACAGUGAGAGGACCUUCAAGUGUGAUCAUUGCGAUGCCACUUUCAAAAGAAAGGACACAUUAAAUGUUCAUAUUCAAGUUGUACAUGACGGACAUAAGAAAUACAAGUGUGACCUGUGUGACAAAGCUUUUGUGACACCCUCAGUCCUGAAGAGCCAUAAGAAAACUCACACAGGAGAAAAAGAGAAGAUUUGCCCAUAUUGUGGACAGAAGUUUGCAAGCAAUGGAACAUUGAGAGUUCACAUUCGAAGCCAUACAGGUGAGCGUCCUUACCAGUGUCCCUACUGUGACAAAGCUUUCAGCAAGAACGAUGGCUUGAAGAUGCACAUUCGCACCCACACCAGGGAGAAGCCGUACCAGUGCUCCGAGUGUAACAAGGCUUUCAGUCAGAAGCGAGGCCUGGACGAGCACAUGAGGACCCACACCGGGGAGAAGCCCUUCCAGUGUGAUGUUUGUGAUCUGUCCUUCAGCCUGAAGAAGAUGCUGAUCCGGCACAAGCUGACUCACAACCCCAACCGCCCCAUGGCAGAGUGCCAGCUCUGCCACAAGAAGUUUACAAGGAACGACUACCUCAAAGUACACAUGGAAAAUGUCCAUGGAGAAACUGAGAGCUAA